AUGACUCUGGAGGAGAAAGCUGUUUCCAAUUUUAAUGACACAUUUGUUCGCCCGGCCAAAUUCUAUCUCAGUGGUUUUUCCAACGUCCCUCACAUUAAGUAUUACUAUGUCUUCCUCUGUUUCUCCUAUAUCAUAACUGUUCUUGGAAAUACCUUCCUUCUGUCAAUCAUUUACCUUGUCAAGACUCUUCAUACUCCCAAAUACUUGAUUGUCGUUAACCUGGCUUUUACAGAUUUGUGUGGGAGCACUGCUCUCAUCCCAAAGCUCCUAGACACACUGGUGUUUGACAGGAGAUACAUGGCCUAUGAGGCUUGUUUGAGUCAAAUGUUCUUUAUUCUUUUCUUUGUAUGUAUUCAGUCAUGGACACUUGUCACAAUGGCAUACGACCGAUUCAUAGCCAUCUGCUUUCCUUUGAGAUACCACAGUAUUGUGACUAAGCCAGUUAUUGCUUCCAUGCUGCUUUUUUUGUGGGCUUUCUUUUUCCUUCUACUUGUAUUUAUUGUCAGGUCUAUUGACCGCCUCUCCUUUUGCAGGUCUUUGGUGGUAAACAGCAUUUACUGUGAUCAUGCUCCAGUGUUUCUUCUGGCCUGUAAUGACAUUUCUUUUAAUUACAUAAUGGCGUACGUUGCUUUUGUUCUAGUCCUCUGUAUUCCUUUAAUAAUAAUAGCAUUGACAUAUGUUUGCAUUUCCGUAGCGCUGAGCAGGAUCGUAACAAGAGAAGAAAGACUCAAAGCGUCCAAAACUUGUACUUCUCAUCUGAUUCUUGUGGCUAUUUUCUUCCUACCGAUUAUGGGCACCAACAUAGCAUCAGUGACCUCCUACAUCCAUCCUAAUGCAAGGAUCAUAAACUCAUCUAUGACACACGUCAUACCAGCUCUGCUCAAUCCUAUUAUAUACUCUUUAAAAACAGAAGAAGUGAUGAUCUCUAUCAAGAAGAUUUGUAAAAGAAGCAGGAUCAACAACACGACAAAAUGGUGAACUCUUUAUCACUGCUAUAAUGAAACAUGUAGGAGUGUUAAAAUAAAUAUUUAUGACCUUUCUCUAUUUACCUGUCAUUCAGAGGCACUAUUAUUCUACUUUGAUGAAAGAUUAAGAGUGGUGAUGUUUUAUUUACUGUACAUUGCAAUGUGACCAAACCACAUCAGUUGUUUGUAUUUCAUAUUACUUCAGUAGCAAUAUUAUACAACAAUCUCCUAUUCAAAACAUCAUCAAGGUGUUUAUUCUGUAAUAAAUGGUGAGAGAGUUUACACAUCCUUUCGGUUGGGCACUCAUAGAGACAUUUGGUAAGUCUACAUAAACAUGAAAUUUAGUUUGGAAUCUUAUCUUGAGUUUGAUCUGUUACAGUGAUCAGACGUUUUGCUAUUUUCAAGCAAAGAUUCAUAUCAUUUGACAGGAUGACUUUCAGACCGUUA